CUGUUAAAUUUCAUUGGAGUGUAAAAAAAACAAACUUAAAAUUCCCUAUUCACUUAUCUCAUUAGUUAUUAUCUUUUAUAAUCGAAAAUUCGUAAAGAGUAUUAAAUACUAAAUUCUAAAGUUGCUCUAUCCAAAAAUUAACAUUUUUUUAUAAGCCAUGGGUAAAUCUACAGAACCCAAAUCCGAUGGGGAUAAGCAAAAGAAUACUUUGGAUAUAGGUCUGCUAGAAGAAGACGAUGAAUUCGAAGAGUUCCCAGUUGAAGAAUGGACCAGUCAAGAUGAAGAAGAUAAAGAGGCUAAUGUUUGGGAAGACAAUUGGGACGAUGAUAACGUUGAGGAUGAUUUCAGUGUUCAGUUAAGAGCUGAAUUUGAAAAGCAAAAUAUUCCUGCUACCUUCUAAGUCUUCUGCUGGUCCAUAAUAUGGUGUUUUUUGUAUUAAUAAUAUGUAAAAAUAAAAAAUUAUAAUUUCAUACAGUUAAUAUAACGUUAUUACUAUUUAUAAUAUUUCUUCUUGUUUAAUAUUUGUAAUUUGGAUUAGAAUAUUUUAUAAAUGUGUACAUUAUACUAAAACUAAACAUAAAUAUUAUAGCUUUACAUUACCAAAAGUA